AGAACACUUCAGGAGAGAAAGUAUUCAUGAUUACCAGUCAACCUUGCCACUGCUUAGAGACCACCUGCGCCCUGGUCACUGGAGACAUAUUGAUCGGUGUUUAAAGACAUUAUGCAAAAUAAAAAAUAAAUAAAAAAAUGAUUUGACAUUUAUCUUACUGAAAUAAAGGGCCCACAAAAUUUCAUAUCCAAUGAAUUAAGUUUGUAAGGCUAAAUAUGAAAUGAAACAAGCAUAGUUUUGCGUGGUGUUACGCAUAGUGAGUUUUCUUGUGGUGGUAAGCAUCUUGAGUGAGACAACCAUGGGGACUGCGAGCUCUAGGGAAAUUGCAUCUACGACGGAUGUUCCUCAACACUCUUCCUCGGAGACGCAACGCCAAGAGGCAGCUUCGAAGGGGGUAUCGACACCGAAAUCAUCUGUUUGUCACAGAAGAUCUUCUGGCCUGAAGAAGAACCUAACAGCCGAAGCCACAACGAAGAACAAGUCGGCGGUAUCUGAUGAAGUCGACAAGACGGUCGACGGCAUGACUGCCUCUGGAAAGUAUCCGGACACUGGCGGGCAGCUGAAGAGGGGACUCCAGUCGGCAGGAUCUGGUGAGCCCGACGGCAUGCCUGCCCCUGGGAAGUGUCCGGACACUGGCGGGCAGCUGAAGAAGGGGCUCCGGUCAGCAGGAUCUGGUGAGGCCGACGGCAUGACUGCCCCUGGGAAGUGUCCGGACACUGGCGGGCAGCAGAAGAAGGGGCUCCGGUCAGCAGGAUCUGGUGAGCCCGACGGCAUGACUGUCCCUGGGAAGUGUCCGGAUACUGGCGUGCAGCUGAAGAGGGCACUCGGACUGGGAAACGGUGUGGGCAUGAUCGUGGGCAUUGUGAUCGGGUCUGGCAUCUUCGUGUCGCCCAAGACGGUGGUGCAGUACACGGGCAGCGUGGGCAUGGCGCUGGUGGUGUGGGUGGCUACGGGACUCGUCUCCAUUGUCGGAGCCCUCUGCUACGCCGAGCUUGGUACGACCAUCCCCCGGAACGGAGCCAACUACGCCUAUAUCAUGGAAGCGUUUGGUCCGGUGCCCGCAUUCCUCGCCCUCUGGAGCACCAUCUUCAUAUCCAGACCGGCUUCCAGAGCCAUCGUCGCUCUCACCUUCGCCAACUACCUCCUCCAGGCGUUCCUACCUGACUGUUCCUCGCCUCCCUACUAUGCCGUCAGGCUCCUGGCCGCGGCCAUGCUCUGUUUAGUCAUGUAUGUAAACUGCAUGGGUGUCAAGCGUGGGAGCAGUGUGCAAGACAUCUUAGCCGUCACGAAGGUGUUGGCGCUAAUCAUCAUCAUCGUGGCUGGGGUCCACCACCUGGCCAGGGGUCACGUGGAGCACUACCUCGACCCCAUGAAGGGCACCGUGUGGGACGUCUCCUCCUUCGCCACCGCCUUCUACUCCACCGUAUUCGCCUACAGCGGGUGGAACAGCCUGGGUACAAUUGUCGAGGAGCUGAAGGAACCAACUAAGAAUCUACCAAGGGCGAUUGCUAUCUCAAUAACAAUAGUGACCAUCGUUUACACCCUCACCAAUGUUGCUUACUACGCUGUGUUGACGCCUGCUGAGAUCCUCUCCUCCAAUGCUGUGGCUGUGACCUUCGGGGGCCGGAAGCUGGGUGUGUUGGCGUGGAUCAUCGCCUUCUUCGUCGCAUGCUCCACCGGAGGCAACAUCAAUGGCACUAUAAUAAGGGCGUCUCGCCUUACCUACGCUGGGGCGAGAGAGGGACACCUUCCUCAGUUCCUCGCACUCAUCAACAUCAACCAUUACUCUCCUGUCACGGCUGUUAUAGUAUCGGCGAUGAUCCCGCUCGUGGCGCUGACAUCAGACAGCAUCGGGAACCUCCUGGCCUACACCACCUUCACCAGCAACGUCAGGAACUUCACCGCCGUCCUGGGGCUCCUGUGGCUCAGGUACAAGGAGCCGGACAGACCCAGACCGAUCAAGGUGUGGCUUGGUUUCCCUGUCUUUUAUCUGCUGGUGACCUUGUUCCUGACGGUCAUGCCGGCGGUUCGAAACCCUGAGCAGCUCCUUGUCGCCCUCGGCUUCGUCAUCGUGGGCCUCAUCAUCUACUACUUCAUUAUUCACCUCAAAAUGAAGCCCAAAUGUCUCUCCAAGUUUAUGGACAAAGUGACGUUUGUGUGUCAGGUGUUGUUGAUGAGUUCACCAGAGGAGACCGGUGUCUCUGGUGCAUUGUGACCGUCUUCCCCGGCCGGCCCUACCCUGGCGCGUCGCGAUGCCUCACUGACCAAGAAUUGUCAACGUUCCGGCAAGUGUCACGACGACGCCAAGGGAGAAGCUGGACAUGACGUCAAGGGAGGAGCUGUCAAGAGGCUUUUCUCGCCUUGCUGAAUGUGGGUGUACUUACCCAAGAGUGCUUGCCUAACAGUGGCUACGAGGAAGUGAGCUCUUGCUCUGAUUGAUUGAUAAAGACUAAGUCACCCAAGAGGUGGCACGGGCAUGAAUAGCCCAUAACUCCAGCUCUGCAUGCCCCGCUUACCAGCCUUGUUGUACCUGUUGCGUUUUAACUUUAACUUUUCUGGAGUUCGAAUUCUUUGUCAAAUCUGGAGAUGGCUUCCAAAACUUAUUUGAAAUGAUUCCACAUAUUGAUCUCCCAGUCAAGGUAUGAGAAUUUCCUUGAUUUUUUGAUGUUUCCGACUUCCACCUAUGUAAUAUUGCCAAUUUUCCCUCAGUUGAAAGAGGCAGUCUUUAUCAACUUAUAUAUUUCCCUCAGUAUCUUGUAUGUCGUAGUUAUAUCCCCCUUUGUUUCUUCUGUUGUCUGCUGUUGUGAGAUUUAGUUCAAUUAGGUUUUCUUCGUAGCUUAAUCCUCUCAGCUCUGGUUCUAAUAUUGUUCUAUAGCUCUGCAUUUUUCCCAUUUUGGUUGUAUGAUUUACAGAGUGCAGAUUCCAGGCCGGUGCUACAUAUUCCAGUAUUUAUCCAAAUAUCUGUAGGAGUAGAUCUCCAUGACCCAGUAAUUAGUUUGUUUUUUAAAUAUUUGACGGCAUUUGCUGUCGCUCUGUUUGUUGGACAUUAAUAAAGCUUCAAAAUAUU